GCCUCCCACAUGCUUUAAGUGGUUUUGAAGGGAGAUUUAGACAGCGGAAGUUGGCUAAAUGUAGGAAGUGCAACAACAAAGAGGAACCGAUGACAACUGCAAAGCCGUCCUUCAUUUGGAGAGAAUUACAAAGAUGUGAAAUCAUGGUGAGAUAAGGAAAGUGACAGACGUACAAAUCGUAUCAGGAUCACGAAGAUGAUUGUUCUAAUUUUGGUCUUUCUUCUGGGAGGGCUGCGGAAGACUGAAGCUAUAUCGGUAACAGGAGUGUUGGGAAAGGAGAUCACAAUAAAAUGCUCUCACGUCAACGCAUUUUCGAACGUCAAAUAUUUCUGCAAGGGAGUGUGUAGAAAUGAAGACGUCCUAAUAAGUAGCAGACAAAUGAAGUCUGAUUCAAAAGCCAAAUACAGUAUUAUAGAUGAAGGAAACACAUUCAACGUGACCAUCCUUGAUCUGACAGAGGAUGAUGUAGGAACUUACUGGUGUGGAAUAGCGAGAACUGGUUUUGACACAUACAAUAAAGUAGUCCUCACGGUCAUGGCGGGAAACAUUAAGGACCCUAACAGUGACUUGCCACAAUCAAAUUCAAAUGAGGCAAUUAAUCCAAACGCUUCAUCCAAAAAGAAGCUGGUGUAUAUUGGAGCAGGUCUUGGGGUGAUUGUGCUGGCUCUGGCGAUGGUCCUUCUAAUAUUCUUCAGACAUCGAAACAGAGACAUCAGCCCAUCUUCUGGAGAGGACCAUGACACGGUUUAUGCAACACUAUCCAGUCAGAAACAAGACACACACCACAUCAUCACUUCCUCUUCAACAGCCAAUGAAUAUCAAAAAUCAGAUGGCAGGACUAACAGCAUCUUGAGCUCAUCGCCCCUUCAGCACCGAGUUACCAGCAGAGAUCCCGCAGACAAAAUUUACUCCAGUGUCACUGUUUCAUUAGAGCCUCAGAUCCAACCAGACGGCCUCUUCUACUCCACUGUUAGCUUUAACAAAUACACCAACUGCAGCACUGCCACACCUCGUACUGCAGCGGUUACAUACUCCACCAUUAAACACAUUUCAACAGAUGAAUCAAUAGUCUAUUGCAAUGUCUGAUCUCAGUGCUGACCAUCUUCACUGAUAAUUGCAGUAUCUUCUUCUAAUGUAAGAGUCUGUGUUAUGCUUAACAGCCAGUACCCACCACUGAGACACAUUUCUGUUCCAAGGCUGAAUUCACAGGUUGUUGUGAAUGAAUUGUUUUUAAAUAAUUCUGAAUUUAUUUAUUUUUCAAAUUAUUAGAAUAAAAAAAGGUAAAUUAAAUUAUACAUCAUGUCCAGUAGAUUUUAGUAGUUUAUGCUAAUAAAAUAACAUUGUAAAAUCAA